AUGGAUGACUACAGAGACGCCGGUGAGACUCAAUCCAAGUACAAAGGAAUCCGUCGCCGGAAAUGGGGAAAAUGGGUAUCGGAGAUUCGAGUUCCGGGAACUCGCGACCGUCUCUGGUUAGGCUCAUUCUCCACCGCGGAAGGCGCCGCCGUGGCACACGACGUAGCUUUCUACUGUUUACACCAACCCAAUUCACUCGAAUCUCUCAAUUUCCCUCACUUGCUUCCUCCUUCGAUCGCCUCCAAAACUUCGCCCAGAUCCAUCCAGCAAGCUGCUUCCAAUGCCGGAAUGGCCGUUGACGCCGGAAUCGUCCACGGUAACGGCGCUGGUUUCAUGUCCGGGAACCCUGGGUACGGAGAUACGACGACGUAUUGUGCGAGCGGAGGUCAAGCACUGGAGCCGUUGAAUAUAUCGGUGUAUGAUUAUCUGGACGGUCACGAUCACGUUUGA